GACAAAAGGUACUGGUCUCCUAGGGGUGGAGACUGGAUAGUGGACCACUAGUGUACUACUUUUCUUUCCAUUUGUUUUCCUCUACAAAACACACGCAUACACACAGAGAUAGAUUCAUUCUGAAUGGACUUCCAUCUUUGUCGAUCAGAGGAAACAUGAGCAACGAAUACGACUAUCUGUUCAAGCUUUUGUUAAUCGGUGACUCUUCUGUCGGAAAAUCAUGCCUUCUUCUCCGAUUCGCUGACGAUUCGUACGUUGAUAGUUACAUUAGCACCAUUGGAGUUGAUUUCAAAAUUAGGACUGUGGAGCUGGAAGGAAAGACAAGCAAGCUACAGAUUUGGGAUACUGCUGGACAAGAGCGUUUCCGGACAAUUACUAGCAGUUAUUACCGCGGGGCGCACGGAAUUAUUAUUGUCUACGACGUCACUGAAAUGGAGAGCUUCAACAAUGUCAAGCAGUGGCUGAGUGAGAUCGACAGAUAUGCAAAUGACACUGUAUGCAAGCUUCUGGUUGGGAACAAAAGUGAUUUAGUUGAGAACAGGGUUGUGGACACCCAGACAGCUAAGGCUUUUGCAGAUGAGCUUGGUAUUCCUUUCCUUGAGACCAGUGCAAAAGACUCUAUCAAUGUGGAGCAGGCUUUCCUAACUAUGGCUGCUGAGAUUAAGAGGAAAAUGGGUAACCAACCAAGUGCAAACAUGAAGUCAACAGGCAGUGUUCAGAUCAAGGGGGAGCCAAUCCAGCAGAAGAGCAAUUGCUGUGCUUAAUUAUUCUGUUGUGUUUCUAAUUCCUGUACCAUAGUAAGCAAGUUAUUAAAACAUCUUUUUGACUUAACUGGACUGGAGUAUGGCAUGUGGAUCUCUAUCUCAUACCCAUUUGUUCUUUCCUGUCUUUGAUAACUUCUUUUUUCUUUGUUAACUGAGAGGGAAAUUGAAAAUCUUAGCAGUUCGAAGUUA